CAUGCUGGAGCUACUAGAUCCCGACAUUGGCGGGGAGAUGCAGCUCGCCCGGCCGGCCACGGCUGCCACUACCCGGUCCGCGCUGGAAGCGAUCAAGAAAAAGUUUGAACUUGCAGCUGCCGCCGCCAGUGCUGACAUGAGCGAGAAGCAUCUGUUGGAGAAGGGAAAGGAAGUGAAGCCGAAGGUGGUUGGGUCGGCGGGAGUUCCAUCGACCCCGGACGGAAUCGAACCGUCACCGGCUAAACCACCCUCGGCCACUGGAUUGAUUGAUUCCCGUGGGUGCGCCAAACCAGCAAAAAAGUUCGGCGGAACUCGCAGCGAGUUCGUCGGUAAACUGCGUGCCCUCUGUGAAGCGGGCGGUGUAACGGGCCUCGCCGGUAACGGAGGCACAGGAGGAGGAGGUGGCUGCGGAGGUUGUGGGGUAGGUGGUGGUGGAGGAGGCGUUGAAGAAAAGCGUAUCAGCAAAAGCACCGACGACAUUGCAGAUAGUGACGAGCGCGACAUGACCAACACACAGCUCUGGUUCCGUGGCGUGCGGCCAUCAAAGUUCCGGCACGUGUACGGCCUGCCAACGCGAAAGGAAUGUUGCUACACCGACAUCAGUGUCGUGCGCAGCGGCAACGAUGGGAACUUCUGUGCCGUCAACCCAACAUUCCUGGCAAUAGUGGCCGACACGACGUUCGUUGUCAUCCCGAUCGCCACAACCGGCCGAAUCGAUUUCCAGUGCUGCAAGGUGAUUGGGCAUGCGGGUCAGAUUCUCGAUCUGAAGUGGAACCCUUUCGACGAUCACACGAUUGCGUCUGCAUCCGAUGAUUGUACGAUUAAAAUCUGGAACAUUCCGGAAGGAGGUUUAGCCAACAACCUGACUACCUACGUGACGGAGCUGGUUGGCCACAAGCGCAAGGUGCUGCACAUCGAAUGGCAUCCAACGGCCGCGAAUGUGUUGCUGAGUGCCGGUUUCGAUCAUACCGUGUGCGUGUGGGACAUUGGAAAUUCCGAUCGUCCGCUGCUCAACGUCAUCGACUGUCACGUCGACAUGAUCUACAGUCUCGCUAUCAACCGGGAUGGGUCGAUGAUUGCUACCACGUCGAAGGAUAAGAAGCUGCGCGUGAUCGAACCACGGAGUGGAAUUGUCGUCUCGGAGGGCAUCUGUCAUAUGGGUACCAAAUGUUCGAAGGCAGUAUUUCUGGACAAUGGACGCAUCCUGACGACGGGCUUCUCGCGUCAUUCGGACCGUCAGUACGCCGUCUGGGAUCAGCACGACCUAAGGAAACCGCUCACGCAGGAGGUGAUUGAUAGUUCGAGCGGUAUCGUCACGCCGUACUACGACUACGACACACGCAUGGUGUACCUAGCGGGCAAGGGUGAUGGUAACAUCCGGUACUACGAGGUGGUAGACGAGCCACCGUACGUGCACUAUCUGAACCAAUUUCUGUCCGGCCAGCCACAGAAAGCUCUCGGCUUUAUGCCGAAACGUGGCCUGAACGUACACCAGUGUGAGGUGUUCCGCUUCUACAAGCUACAUGCGGCCGGUAACAUCUGCGAACCCAUCUCGAUGAUCGUACCACGCAAGUCCACAUUGUUCCAGAGCGAUCUCUACCCAGACACACUAGCAAACGUGCCAGCGAUCGGCGCGAAGGAGUGGUUCCAGGGUCGCAAUGUUUCGCCGAUCCUAAUGUCGAUGAAGACGGGUGAAUCGAUCAUGAUGGAGGUGUCGAAUGGCAAAUCGAACCGUAACAGUACAGAGUCAAAGAUUCAACGAACACAUUCCAUCCAUCUUGCGAACGGAAACCAACCGAACGGUGGUACUAACACGAACGGCCACACUGGAUUACUGAUGUCGAACGGAAUCGAUCGAAGCCACCUGCAGCAACAGCAGCACCUGCAGCAGCAGAAUGGUACUUACGGAUCGAACCUAACCAAUGGCAACAACAAUCAUCCUUUGAGCGUCAAACAACAGCAGCAACAUUCGACCAACAAAGAAAACGAACUACUGGACAACCGCAAGAUGGAUAACAAUACGAAGAAGUUUGCCUUCCUCUCGCAACCGACCAUUCCUGACUAUCGACCACAAACGAUUAUCGAGAAAAGCCAGAAAACGUCCACCAACCAGAGUACAAAGUUUCACCAACUGCAGGCAAUCUUUGGGCAGCAAACCACAAACCACAAGGACAUUGCUAACCUGCAAAACAAUCUGCUCAGUAACUCGCGCAACAGCUCCCGUAAUAGUUCACUCGAAAACAUCAAUCUGCUUAACUCGGAAAAUGAGCUCCGGAAGGCGUUUAACAAGCAGGCGGACGAAAUCAAGAGCCUGCGCAAAACGCUCAAUCUGUCCGAGAAGCGUGUGCGCGAGCUAGAAACGGAAGUGAAGCGGCUACAGCAGCAACUAAAGCAACACCAAUAA